UCACACUCGCAAGCGUAAUUUUUGUCACAAUGAAGUCCAUAUCUUUUUUCUCAUUAUGCUUGGUUUUGAGUGUUUUAUACACACAAGGUGCAGUUACAAAUUCAGACUACCCUCUUUCGACGCAAAGUGUUAUGAAUGACAGCAGUGUUGACCGUUUAGCAGCGUGGGCAAAAGCUUGGAUCGACGUCGUAAGCCGCGAGGCGAUCAAGGCUAGAAUGAAGGACGAGAAUUUGACAGCCGAAGUACAAGACUUACAUAGCUCAGACAACAACUUUGAAAUAGUUCUUCAGGACGUAAAACAAAAAGUAAACAAUGGAAUUCAAACUCAUACUUCACUCCAAGCAGACAAUAUGGCACUUUCUGGCAAGAUGACAGCACUUGAACGCCAGGUUCAGCAACUUCAAACAUCGUUACAGCAAUUUGCAAAUGCAGUGGCGGAUGUCGAUAGACAUCAAAACAUCCUUAGAGAUUUCCACCCAGAAUGCACGGGCUGGUCUGUUACGUACCAAAACAAAGAGUACCAUUUUGUCAACCCUGUGAAAGGUACAACCCAUGCUACGGCGCGAGCGUGCUGUCAUGUUAUGCGGAAAAACCUGUUGGCCGUGAACAGCGCUGAGGAGUUUAACUUUAUUGUGGCAAAUAUUCCUAGAGGAGCUUAUAGUGGUUAUUGGUUGGACGCAGAGUGUAUUAACAGCAGUUGCACUUGGAAAAACAGUCCAGGAUCUUCAUUUUAUAAUCCUGUGACGUUUCAAGUGGGAGGAAGCCUUGAUGAUAACUGGGGAAAGAGGUGCCUAGUCCUACCAUACCAGUAUAAGCCGAAUCAAGGGUACGUGGGGCUGGACUGUACAACGACCACUGAGUAUACGGGGUUUAUUUGUGAAUGACUGUCUUUUCUGCAAAACUGCACAUGCAGGCCUCAUUAACGAUAACUGCUGUUUGUGAUCUCGAGCCACGGAUUUGGGAUGGCGAACCCUAAAUUAAGGACUCAAACCGCGAUUUCAUGGCUCAAACAUAAUGAUAAUGGUCGAGGGCAUUACAUAAAAGAGCACGAAUUAUUUAGCAAGCUUUCUUCCGGGUCUUUUGCUGUUAAAUAGGAAUUCUUUUUCUCAAAAU